AUGGCAAUCGGAGGCGCUGCGGAUUACAAUCAUACCUCUGGUACCAAAAUUGCACUCAUAGUAGCGAUUCCAUGUGGUGAAGCUGGCCAUGUCCUGAAAUUAGUCAAACCUCGCCCCGAAAGGCUUGGAUGGGACUCUCAGAAUGGAGUUCGAUUGUCAAUGGGUUCUACCAAUGUGGAUGAAGGACAUUGGUUCGGAACCGGUGGGACUAUUUUGCAGAUUGCGUCUGUCGAUGAUGGAAACGAGCUUAGUACCUGGUUUGCCGUUAGACAGGCGGCCAUGAUUACAAUUUUCAGACCCAUAUUUCGAAAAGCCCCCAAACCUUUCAUACCUCCCGCUGGACACAUUGCGACCUAUCCUCCAUCCUGUCUAGACGCCAAUCCUGUCGCAACUUUAACACGCCAAGAAUCUGGAUUAAAGGAACAUGUGGAUGUCAGUUUUAACCCCUGGUACGGUCGACAAUUUGCGGUCGUGGACCGCGCAGGUCAGUGGAGUAGUUGGGAUAUUGAAGGUCGACAGAAGAGACGCUCCGCUUACAAUAUUGUACCGGGGAAGAUGGGCCAGAUAUAUGACGACUUUGGCGAAAAUUCUGCUAUUCCAGGGUACAAGUUACCUGGAGAUGUUGGCGAGUGGCACCGGAUCCUCUGGGCAGGUAGCCGCAGCACUGUUGAUCUUUCACAUUUGUUUGUUUUAACUACGACUCGAAUUUUUUGGCUAAAGGUCACACCGACUGGCGAGGAUGGUCCGAACGUGGAGUCUGGAGUCAAGGUCAUUCUUUCGCAUCGCCAUUACAGGACUGCAACCGACGAUUCGAUGAAGUUGACAAUGUCUAAGGACGAGAAUGGAACAGACUUGACAGUAUUUAUCUCAUCCAGUGAAAAUUCGAGAUUGAAUACAUAUACCUUUUUUAUGGAUGGGAAAAUCGCGAGAACUUUCCAGGGAACAUUCAGGCUUUCCCCUGUGAUAAGCGAGGAAAAAGAACUUAGAGCAGAAAGUCUUUCUAUAUGUUCUGCGCCUUAUCUGAUGCCAAAAGACUCGGCUGGCGAUGAUUUUAUCGUCUCUGACGAGAAUGAUGAAGAUGCUUUUGUGGACCAGAUGAGCUCUUUAACAACCAAAAAUGACAGGUCUUCAAUAGGCAUCAACAAAGCCUCUAAGGAUCUGCUUCUAAGGAUCAAUAUGAAGCCCGUGUUCGACCGAAUAUUCAAUAAGACGACGUCGAAUGAUUCGGAAACUGAUAUGGAGAUGGCAUUUCGUGAUAUAUCAAUUCAGAUGCAAAACGACAAGCAAAUGGAUAGAAUGUCGUUGAAAACUUGUCUAGAGCUAUCGAAUAAUGCAUCACCUUCAGGUGAUCUCGAUGAGGCAGCCAAGACUGUAACUGAAUUUCUGGAUUUCAUGAACACAUUCGAUGAGGAUGAAAAGGAUGCAUCAUCAAAAUUCUACCUUUCGAAAUUGAUAUCUUGUCCAGGCAUGUUUUUUGACGAUCUUUCAUCCAACGCUAUCUAUCCUGAUUUACUGCAAAUAUAUGAUCAACUUAUCAAUGUUUGGGUGACAAACCUUCCUCGAAAGACUCCUGGGCCAGUUCGGUUGGCAAAAGCGAGACUUAUCCGAAAAAUUGCUAUGGAAUUAUGGUUGAGUUCGGUUGGUAUUUCGCUACGUAACAAGCUCCUAGAGCCAAGACCUCCACCAAUAGUUGAAGAUGAAACAUCAUUGCCAAUACUUAAGGACAUUGAUGAAGUCUCGAGGGCAAGUUCACCUCCAUUCUUCAGUUCACAGAUUCAUUCCAGAGCAAUGGAGAAUCCUCAGUUUAGCCUACCCACUCCCGCUCCUUCAGUCAUAACGGCCGCUACAGUCAUUGAGGAUCCUACCAUUGCCCGACUUCGCCAAUACGCGGUUAGGCUCGAGCCAAAAACUGAAUUCGGUCCAGCAAAAACUUCAUUGACUUCCCAAUGGCCAUCUGUUCCGGGUGCAGAUCCGGCCAAAUAUUCUUGGGAGGCCGUUCAAAGAGCUGCAGCUGCAGAAGAGAGUGGUGACGAUGAUUACCGUAGCCGACGAGAAAAUGCUCGGCGCAAACGACGAGCAGAAAGGUUCUUGAGCCGAGACCGUGCCAAUGCAGCUGCUUCUUCAUCUCAAGCUCUUGCUCAACCUUAUGGCAGUCAACCAGCGAUGCACAACACUUAUAGUUCGCAACUUGUUAAUGAACUACCAAUGACACAACCAAGCAAUGGAGCUUUUGGUAGCAGAAUUGCUGCUCCUGCUACUCCUGGAAAGAAAAAAGCGAAAAGACGCAGGGCUGCAGGAUUUUAG